AAAGCAAGAAUAAUGGGGAAGUCAAGGUAUGUACGUUGUCAGAUGUGCAUGUCAGAUGAACCGAAGGAAUUGAUAUAACCGGAUGUAAACUAUUUAUUGUGGUCAGUUGCUGUGCCGGCAAAAUGGGAGGGAGGAAAAAGGUGCAUCACGAAAAUCCGGGGUUCCGUUUUCCGGUAGUUUAUUCAGACCAUUAUGGUGUCAAGUUUUGUGGACUGCAGAGAUUACAUCCUUUCGAUGCGGCCAAGGGUGCAAAUAUCAUGCGGUUGUUGAAAGAGGGUUCCUUCAUGGCAGAGGGCCAAACUCACAAGCCUGAAGAGAUUAGCGAAACUGAUUUACGCAAAGUACACACAGAGCGUUACUUGGACAGUUUGAAGUGGAGUUUGAAUGUCGCCAAAAUUGCCGAGAUUCCGCCCUUGGCUGCCGUCCCAAAUUAUUUUGUACAAAGAGGUUACCUGAGGCCAAUGCGUUUCCAAACUGCCGGUUCAAUCUUGGCCGGAAAAUUGGCUUUACAAGAGGGCUGGGCCAUCAACCUUGGAGGCGGUUUUCACCACUGCAGUGCCGAUGAUGGGGGAGGAUUCUGUGCGUACGCUGACAUCACCCUCCUCAUAAAUUUAGUCUUGACCGAAGAAAAUUCCGUAUCGAAAGUGAUGAUUGUUGAUUUGGAUGCCCAUCAGGGUAAUGGUCAUGAACGUGAUUUUAUGGACGAUAAUCGCGUAUUCAUAAUGGAUAUGUAUAAUGCGAUGAUUUAUCCAAAAGAUCACAAUGCGAAAUUGGCAAUCAAGUGCGCGGUCGAAUUACAGCCGAAAACACCUGAUGAGUCCUAUCUAAGGAAAUUAAGAAUCAAUUUGCAAAACUCUCUGGAAAAAUUUAAUCCAGAUUUAAUUGUAUUUAAUGCGGGGACCGAUAUAUUGGCGAAUGAUCCAUUGGGCUUGCUAUCGAUAUCGCCCGAGGGAGUGAUUGAACGUGAUGAAUACGUCUUUUCAACGGCGGUAUCCAAGCACAUUCCCAUAGUGAUGUUGCUGAGCGGCGGGUAUUUGAAGGCUUCAGCUAAAGUAAUUGCCGACUCCAUAAUGAACCUGAAGUUAAAGGGACUGCUUCCUGUUAAAAUGUGAGCACAAAAUGCUGCAACUUACUGACAUUGUAUUCGAAAAGACUUCCCUACAUUUGCAACUUGCGUUACCUGUAUUUGUGAAUGCCAAACAACGUGUAUUAAUACGUGGUAGUUGUAUGAUAUAUUCACUUAUUUACUGUAGUGUCCUGCAUUUAUAUAGAAAUUGACUGUAUAAGUAUAUCGACCAAACAAGCCCCGCUGCAUGGAGCUUGCGUCGAUUGCAAUAUUUUUUUUACUGAAUCUCGUCGCUGUGAAUUGAACAAAUGGAUAUUUGAAUAAAUAAACUAUUUUGACUA